UUCCAGAUAUUCCCGAAAACAUUUUUCUCCAUGCUUGUUCGAAGGCACGUCUCUGUGACCUUGUAUAGCGCGUGAUGACGAAAACGCUUUUAUUGUGGAGAUCUAAGCGGAAGUGGAACGCGGAUGUAAAAAACGGCCGCUGGGUGAAAAAGAAAGAAAGAAGAAAAAAAAGAAACGUGCGCUCACACCUCUCGUGCGCUCAACGAAUAAAGGCGCGCGCCACGCGCCAGGAGGAUCUUCUUUGCGCUACGCCGUCCACGAGGUGACCAGAGGACGCCUCUUUUUUUAUUUAUUUAUUAUUCUUAUUUUUUUUUUAUUUCAAUAGUGCCCCCCUCCCUUUUCCCUUUUUCUUCUUGCCAAAACUUGUACAAAGUCCUGAAACAGACAAUGGCGCAUAAUUACGCGCCGGCGUCUCCCCAAAUAUUUUUGGGGCAGCUCAGUGAAGCGCGCCGCUGAACUUGGCGAGUGCAACGAAGGUGAUAGCGGGGGGGUUGGGGUUAGGGGGGGGCGCUAGGUGGGGGGUGCGGCGGUGAAGAUGCUGCGGGAGCCCCGCUAACCAUGGGCGUGUUGGAGUCCAACUCCAGCGGUAACUUGACCCCGGCGGUGUCCGGCGGCGCGCAGCCGCUGUCGGGCUACCUUGCGCUGCUUCUCUCGGUGCUGAUGGUGACGUUGGUGGCCACGGUGGUGGCGGGCAACGCGCUGGUCAUCCUGGCGUUCGUCGUGGACAAAACCCUCCGAACUCAGAGCAACUACUUCUUCCUCAACCUGGCCAUAUCUGAUUUCCUCGUGGGCGCCUUCUGCAUCCCGGUGUACAUCCCGUACAACUUGACGGGCAGGUGGAUGCUGGGCAAGGGUUUGUGCAAGGUGUGGCUGGUCAUGGACUACCUGCUCUGCACCGCCUCAGUGUUCAACAUCGUGCUCAUCAGCUACGACCGCUUCCUGUCUGUCACUCGAGCGGUGAAAUACAGAGCGCAGCGCAACAUGACCCGCCAGGCUGUGCUCAAGAUGGUGGCGGUGUGGGCGCUGGCUUUCCUUCUCUACGGCCCCGCCAUCAUUUUCUGGGAGGCGGCGGUAGGCUACAGCGUGGUGCCAGCGCACGAGUGCUACGCCGAGUUCUAUUUUACCUGGUACUUCCUUCUGUGCGCCUCCACCUUCGAGUUCUUCACCCCCUUCGUGUCGGUGGCCUUCUUCAACCUUAGCAUCUACCUGAACAUCCACCGGCGCUAUAAGAACGCGGGCGCCGGCCCCGAUGAGGCCCCGCCCCCACGGCCGGCGAAGAAGCAGCGGGACGGCGCGGCGGCGUGGUCCGUCUUCUUCGUCAAGACGCGCAAGGUAAUUCGCGAAACUCUUUCUUCUUGGUACCAGGGCAGUGUUGAAAAUCGCUGCCGGACCACAACGGUCUCGAAAGUGGCAGCCCAGGUGUCUUGCAGCGAGCCCACCGCCAUCUCAGCCGUCAUCGAGGACGAUGACGGGGUCUUGCCUAUCUCCUGCGCCCACCUCGACGCCAGUCACAUCCUGGCGCACCGGGAAAAGUUCUCACCGGGCGGGAGGAACUCACGGCCGUUCCAGCCCUCGCCGGCGGUGUCGGCGCCGAGUCGCAGGGUGCCGGGAUCCCGCCUUUCCCGAGACAUCAAGAUCGCCAAGUCGCUGGCCGUCAUCGUUUGCAUUUUCGGCAUCUGCUGGGCGCCUUACACGCUGCUGAUGAUCAUCCGCGCCGCCUGCAGCGGCACGUGCAUGGCCAAGUACUGGUACGACAUAACGUUCUGGCUCCUGUGGCUCAAUUCGGCUAUCAACCCGUUCCUGUACCCGCUGUGCCAUAGCAGCUUCCGAAGGGCUUUCUCGAAGAUCCUGUGUCCCAAGAGACAAUCGGUCCGGCCUCAGGUGGUGGAGGUGCAGUCGUGUUAAAGCGAAACACUUGAACCAAUGCAAAAACUGCCAAACUGUGUACAAAAAAUAAAAUGAAAUAUAACUCCACUUCCUUGUUCUUCCAUUCCAAAAGUCCAAAAUAAGAAAAAGAGAGUUUGUGAAGAUGCUCAAAGUACAUAAAGAUAGAAUCAUGAGAGCGAAGACCUCCGCCAAGGCCGGACAAUCGAAAAAAAAUGCCCCCACCCAAAAAAAACUCACUUAUUUGCAGUACCCAUUGGGUGAGCUCGCAUUCGGGUCAACAGACUACAUGCAGUGAAACCUUGAACACAAAAAACCUUUACAUCAUACGAGCUGAAUCCAGCUAGCAACAUUUUUUAUGCUGUACAUUGUUAUAUAACUUUUUAUUUUGUUAAAAUGGAUGUAUUUCAUAUUUUCUCAUAAUAGAAAAUAGCGGAAAAACUGUGCUCGUAAAUCUGUUUCAGAGUCAAAUGAUUGCCACCAUAACAAUAUUACAAAAGUAUUUUGUAUGUUUUUUUUAAACUAUUGAAAAUAUUUGUGUUUAAUAUUUUUUAAUUCAAGUUUAAUCAAAUCGAAUACCAAUUCAUGACAGUAGCAUACCAAUACUUAGUCAAUAUUUCUACACAUUGAGCCAAAGAAAAGUUAAAAAAAGACUAAUAAAUAA